GUAAAUAUUGGGGGAGACAAAGCAAAAUUUUCCGUCAAAAAAUCACAACACGUGCGAUUUUGCUUAAAUUUUCGUGCUUAAUUAGUAUUUUUGAGAUUAGUGCGGUGCAGAGAGUGUCCAGGUGUUGCACCCAAAACAGCCCGUUGAGAAUCUCCCACUAAUUUGCUUUUAUUUCCUCUGCAGACGGAUUGCUGGAGAAAUAAAUGGUACGAUGGAGGGACGAAUUCUGGAGGAGUCUGCUCAGAGUUUGAGAAAGCCCCCAGCAGCCCCAAAGAUGCCUCUCAUGGGUAGGAAGCAGCCUCUGCAGAAUUCUGUGUCCAUGAGGGUACGAAGUGUUCGUAGCCGUAGUGCCUCGACGGGAAGGGAUAAGAAAUCCGAGCUUCAAGCCAGAUACUGGGCCUUACUUUUUGACAAUCUCAAGAGAGCAAUUAAUGAGAUUUACCAGACAGUGGAGUGCUAUGAGAAUCUAUCAUCAUGCCAGGAGACAAUUUUGGUGCUUGAGAACUAUAUUAGGGAUUUUAAAGCUCUGGCCGAGUGGUUUCGUGUCUCCUGGGACUAUGAAUCCACACCCUUGCCACACAGACCGCAUUCCCUUGCCUGGGAAGUCCGCAAGAGUAAUCCUGUGCCGAAGGUUCGAACGAGAAAUCUUUCAAGUCCUGUAAUUUCGGGAAAAUCCAGCCCCAAUUAUUCCGGCAAGAAUAGCCCUUGCUCUGCAGCUGGUGAGGAGAAGAGAUCACAGAGGGCACAUGUGCAGGGAGAGUCCAAAGUUGCUGCAAAGCCCGCGAAGAAGAUUGAACCACCGGAAGCAAUAAUAGUCAAUAGGAGUGUGGAGGAGAGUAAGAUUGAAGGAACACCAGAGCGAGAGAAUGAAUUGGAAAAGAAGGAAGAGGUAAGGAAGGAGGAAGCUCCUGUGGAAAAUGAUGUUGUGAAGGGACUUGAGGCACCUUUUGAGGAGACAGACAAGAGGAUUUCAAUGAAUUUGGACUGGAAUGAGCUGAUGGAGCAGGAAGAGGCUGAGAAGACACUGAAAUUGGAUCAGUCUGCUCAAACGGAUCUCGAGGAUGAUCACCUCACAUUGGCUAUGUACUUGGAGAAGCACAAUAUCAAGGGAUUCUAUCAAGGAAAUCCGGAAGUUGUUGAAGAAGUUGCGGCUAAAAUAGACCCUGCUCCUCCACCAGAGAUUACUCCUCCACAACCUCCUGCAACUCAGAUGUCUUCACCAAAACCGAAUUCUCCACAACCUCCUGCUUUACAGCCUGCUACAUCACAACCCAUUCCUUCGCAGCCUACUUCACCACGGCCCGCUGUGGAAGUUUCUGAAAAGAAAGAUGAAUCCACAAAGAAAGUUCCGGCUGUGAAGGAGCCUCCAAAACGAUCUCCAACCUCCUCAAUUGUCGUCUGUCGUGAGGAGAAUAGAAAUAAAUCCGUCCCAGUGAGGAAGAUGCCCGCAAAUCCUCCACCACGUGUUUUUGUUGCUCGUAAACCCAUCACGUCCCAGCAGUCAUUCCACAUAGCUAAAUCUUCUUCAACACCAACUGCAGCAGCUCCCAGAGGUAGUACGAUCCAGAAAUCGUCUACAGUGUCAAAUAUACAGCGCACUGGUAGACUUCCGACUGUACCAAAGACAAUUGAAAAUCGCCAGAGAUUCCCAGGGGUACCGACAAAUACAGCCAGGAGGAUUUCUGCUCGUUCCAGUACGAUGAUUGACUUUAAGAAUAGUCGUCCGGCAUCACAGAAAGGUCUACCUGGUAGGAGUAGCGGGAAGUAUUCACAGGAGGACAUGAUGAGCUCCAGUAGUACCCUAAAAGCCAGCUCUGAGCACAUUUCUGGAGUAGCGUCGCACAAAUCCAGUCGUGGAGAUCUGAGUUAUCGCAAAUCCGAGCCAAAGUCUCUACCAACGGACACCAAUGAUGGGUGGUUGACUGUUAAAUCGCGUUCACGUCGUUCCAGCCUCCACUGGUCCAAUCGCUUCAAUCAACCCUCAGGCUAUGCGAGCCUUCCGAUUCUUAGUCUUCUCGACGAGACACCCGCGGAGGAGAAUCGCGAGGAAAACACUCUGAAAAGCGAAAGUAUUCCUGAGAAGGGAAAACCCAUCAAGACAAAAUCCGGAGAUUCAGGCAAAAAUCAACGAAUAAGUCCACCUACAAAACCCAAAGUUCCUCUCACCAAGGCAUCCGUGCCAGCUGCAAAGGCCUCCAAUCAAGCUGUGAAGAAAGUCAAUGGGAUUGUUCGGCAAAAGUCUGAUCUCUCGAGGAAUAAAACUCUCCAUUCCGGAAAGGAAAGAUCCAAGAAGAAUGUGGAUAAAUUGAUUGAAGUUAAAACUCCGGAACCGGAUGAUGAUGAAAUCUCCAAGGUGGACAUGAAUAUUCAGACACUCCUUGCUGAGGAUCUAAGUAGUAUCACGAUAAAUCUGUCUAGUUGCGAUGAGAUGGAUGACAAGGAUCUCGAGGAGAGUGAUGACGAUCAGAAGAAACUUCUGGAAGAGCAGGAAAAUCUUGAGCGGCAAAUACGGGAGCUUGAGAAUACGGAAAUUGACGUUGAUACGGAAACUGAUGAGACAGACUGCGAAGUUCUCAUUGAUACGGAGGAUUUGGACUUGGUUGUGAAUGAUGGGCCGGGUGGGGGAGAAGAAAUGGAUUUUUUUGAUGAAAAUAUGACGUUGGAGAUGAAAUAUCAAUCCCUGCUGUCGGAUAUGUCGUCCGGAGAGAGACUGGAAACUUUGGCAACGUUGCAGGCUUUUGUUGCACGUCAUCCGGGUCGUGCGCAGGAGUUGCAUCAGAAACUCUCGAGCCCCUCGCGGCGUCGUUCCCUCCAUGAGACACUGAAGAAGUACCAAGCAAAGCAGACAAGGGCUCAGGAGAAGCGUGAGGCACUGCAGAAGGAGAAGACGCAGAAGAUACAGCAGCUUUUGGCACGUGUGGAGGAUGUCAAGGCGGCAAAGCAGCAGCUGAUUGAGGAGAAGCGUUUGCGAAUGGAGGAGAGACUUCACAGAGCUGCAGAGAAUCGUACGCAAUACCUCAAAGAUAAAGUGAAGAAGGCUCACGAUGAGGAAGAGAAGCUGAAGGAGAUUGCCUUCAUUAAGAGUCUCGAAGCACAAAAUAAAAGACUCGACAUUAUUGAAUCCAGCAAGGAGCAUGAAGGGAGACUUCAGGAUCUAGAGCAGGAGCGUCAAAAGCGUGUGGAGGAAAAAGCCGCAAAGGAAGCAGCUGCAGAAAGACGAAGAUUGGAGCUUGAACAGGAGCGUCAAAGACGUUUAGAACAAAUGUGGGAGACUAAGAGAGAACGAGAGAAGCGUGUGGGGAAGCUACAGGAGCAAAAGGAGAAGAUGCGACAGGAGAUUGCGAGGGAGAAAGCAAGAGACAGAGAGGAGAGACUCCAAGCAUUGCAAGCACAGAAAUUAGCAACAACAGAAGAGCUUCAAAGGAGGAUAAUUCAAAAGCAGCAAGAAUCAGCAAGGAGACAUGAAGAGAACAUUGAACAUAUAAGGCAGAGAGCGCAAGAAUUGGGGAUUCCCAAUAGGAAUACAGACGAUCAGGCACUAAAUGCUGAAAGUAGUUGCGAUGGAGAUCUUUCGUCCACAGUUUCAGAUGUCUCAAUUGAACCCAAUAAAGCUUCCAGGAAGAAAUUGAAGCGUCUCCGUCAGAAGCUCUCUGACAAAACAUCUGAAUAUCUGGCCGAAAUGCCUCCACUUGCGAGUCACUUCCGGCGUGAUAGUGAAGUACCGAAGAUCCUCAAUAUCAUGAAUAAAGGUGGAGGACCACAGGGAAUGGAAAGGCCACUUGGACAACUCCUUCGUCUGGUGGCUAAAGCACAAGCAGCUGAUUUUCACUGCAUGCUCUCGUUGAAUGCGCUUGAGCUCAUUGUUAAGGUAGUUGAAGACGGGAUAAAACCCCAUUCGGAGUACAGUAAGAAAGCCGUGGUGCUCGCAGUUCAGCUGUAUAGAAAUCUGUGUUCAAUUUGCCCACAAAUAGCAAGGCAUGCCAUACUUGGCAACACGAUAUUGUCUCUCCUGGAUGCGUUGCUGGUUACUCUGCAGUGUCCGGAGGAGAAAUCCACGAAGCAACCCGUGGAGUUAUCAACCGAACUCAUGCUAGCCUGCACCGUGGCUCUUUCUCCCACCUUCACGAUGAAGCAGUCACACCCAAAAUUGCUGGACCGCCUUCCCGAUGUCAUGAGCUAUGCCGUUUUAAUUGGCUUAAUUGAGACACUUACAAGACGGUGUACAAAAAUCCAUGAAUCCGUUGAAAGUCAUCAAAGUGUGGUACUCUCACUCCUUGCAACUCUUGGACUGCUAACGAAGUUUGCAGAAAUCUGCCCCAAAGGACCAAAUGAUCCCACGAAAUUCCUCUCUCUAGCCCAACAGACUGAACUCUUUGGCUCCAUUGCGUUCCUUCACUCCACAAUAGUACCAAUUGGCGAAUGUAUUCCACCGAGAACUGUCUCCCUGGCUGCAGCGACAUUCAAUUUAAUCGUGACAUUGGCUAAUGCGGAUCUCGGUACUUUUCAGAAAGUUCUCUCGGAGGAAGUGAUAUCCCUGAAAUUCCUAGAUAUUAUAGCAAUUUUACUUAAGUAUUGUGGCCCUAAGUCCGAUGUGAAAGGCGAAACUCAGGCUGUGAUUGUUGAUCUUCUGAGCACACUAGGGUAUUUCUGCGUUAACAAUUCGAAGAACCAGAAUUUAAUCAUUACGGAACAACUGUCAGUGGUGAAAAGUAUUGUUAAGUUGCCAAAUGAAAUGUCCAUCUACUAUUACCCAACACUCGCUACGCUUAUUUGGAAGAAUGAAGAGGCCAAGGACAUUCUUAGUCGUGAAUUUGACGUUGAGUCUCUGGGGGAGUAUCAGAAGUCGGCUUUAGCGAAAAAGAAUAAGCUUCUCAAUUUGCUUAAUAAUAAUUAACAAAAUACGCGAAUUGCAAAUUCACAUAAAAAAUCUCACUUUAUUCUCUCUAGAAGAAACUCACAGAACAAACACAAAGAUGCAGAAAUAUCUUCACAAUUUCCUUAAAAUUAAGCCACGUGUAUUCUUUUCAUUGUUUUUUAUAUCCUUAAUUCAUAAUGCAACCAUCUUAAUCACACCUUGUUGAAAUUCGUUUUUUUUUAUUGGCAAAACCAUACAAAAUUCUUCAAGUUGAAAAAUGAAUUUUCGUAAAAAACAUAAAGACUUUCAAAAAAAAAUGUGUUACUAAUUUAAUAUAUCUUGUAUAUAAAAGGAAAUAAAUAAUUUUUUACACCUACAAAA